AUGUUAGACCAGGUCAGGAAGGCCGUCCUUUUCGUGAGGCUUGUGGGUUACACACUGCGGCUUUAUGCGGACUUUUUUUCUCGCUCUUACACGACCAAGAAAAUCUCCGCCGGAUCCGCACCGAAAAACGGCGAACCGAUCAACAUCGUGGUCAUCGGCGCUUCUUUCGCCGGUUAUCAUGCUGCUAGAGUGAUUGCAACCUCUCUUCCUACAGACGGCCCGUACCGACUCAUUAUUGUCGAACCAAACCAGCAUUGGCAGUUUACCUGGACGUUGCCUCGCUUCUGUGUCAUUGAGGGACAUGGGCAUAAGACAUUCAUCCCCUAUGGCCCCUAUUUGCCCGCGGGCUCGGAGAAGAUCGUACGAUGGAUCCAUGAUCGCGUAUCGACAAUCACCGAGAAUACGGUGACGAUCCAAGGCACAGGGGAGAAGGUUCCAUACUCUUACUUGGUCAUCGCGACCGGUUCCGGCGCUGGGAUGUCAUUGCCGUCAAGAGUAGGUUCAACAGACAAAGUUGAAGGAACCAGACUGCUGCAGAACUUCCAGCAACGCAUCAAAGCCGCCAAGAAUCUCGUGGUCGUUGGUGGAGGAGCUGCAGGCGUCGAACUUGCCACGGACGCCAAAGAUCAGUAUCCCGAUAAGAACGUCACGUUGAUUCAUUCGAGAGACGCAGUUAUGAACCGCUUCGGUCAUGACUUGCAGGCUGGAGCUCUCAAGGGAUUGAAGGACCUCGGUAUCGAAGUGAUUCUGGGAGAGCGGACAACAUCCGAAACGCCUGUGGAUGGUUUCGUCACUCUUCGCUCCGGCCGUAGAGUUGAAUGCGAUUUCAUGGUGAACGCCAUAGGCCAACAGCCUUCCUCUCAGCUAAUUAGCAAUUUCGCCCCUGAAGCUAUUGCAAAGUCAGGCCGCAUCAAGGUCAAGCCUACAAUGCAAAUCGAUGUCGAUUCGCUGCCGCACAUUUACGUGUGCGGCGAUGUUGCUGAGGCGGGUGUCGCCAACCCCAACGCUCGAGCUGCUAUGAAACAGGCCACCUACGCCGCGGACAACCUCGUUCUUGCCCUUCAGUCGAGAACACCUUCAAACAUAUAUGAACACUAUUGGGCUGACGGAGUCAUAAAGCUUACGCUGGGUCUCCAUAAAUCCAUCACGGCCUUCGGUAUCGGGGAAACGGAGCUGCUCUUCCGCGGAAAAGAGAAGGAGAUUACUCUCAUGAUUGAUCGUGCUUGGACGAACAUGGGAGCUAAGCCUUACGAAGACAAAAAGCAUGAGACGGGAAGAGCAGAAGGCAGCUUUGCUGAUAAGGCUCUCGAAGUAGCAAAUGAAACCGUUUGA